CGAUGGCUGUCAACAAACAAGUUCAAUCAAAUCGAAGAAAAAUAAAUCAUGGAAACUAAGCCUACAUAAUUAGAUUAUAUUGUACAGCGUAGGUCUGAUAGAAUAAAAAUGACUCAACUUUGUACAAAGCAAAGCUCUUUACGACCACAGACGGCCUCACAACUUAAAAAUGAUGACAUUUCUCUUCAAUUGGAUACUUUGAUGAUCCGGCCAUUGUCAGCUAAUCCUAUUUCAGCAGGUCAAAAUGGCACCUUUCUCACGGAGGAGGGUGGUAAUAAUUAUUCUGUCAUAGAAAGACUUCGAAUUGAUCCUGUUCUAGAUCAGUUUUCAUUUAGUGUUAGAUCAGCUAAAAAAAAGAAAUUAAAUAUCAAGACAACCAAAGAAGCCUGGUUGAAAAAGACUAAGCCAGAAGAUGAAAAGAUUCAUCCAUUUGUAGAUCAAAGUUUAAAUGGACUGGACAACUCGGACGAAUAUGAUACAGAUAUUGAGGAAGAUUUCCCUAAGCCUGAAAAUAAAUAUCGUGCAGAUCCGACUGGAAUAUAUCGGUAUCAGGAAAAGUGUAUAAAAUCAGGUAUUUUACCGAUAUCGUAUUUAAGAAGACAUAUAGGUAGAAGGAAUGUUAGAAUGCGUCAUCAUUAUCUAGGAGGUGAAGCAAGUAAAGCAAUAGCAGAAGCUUUAAGGGUUAACACAGUCACGGAGAGCUUGGAUUUAAGCGAUAAUUAUUUAAAAUGUUGUGGUGCCAGGUUUAUAGCAGAUAUGAUGUUAGAUAAUAUGUUUAUUCUACAUAUGAAUUUAUCAAAUAAUUUUAUAAGAACACGAGGUGUUGAAGCUUUAUCUGUUAUGUUACAGAAUAACACAACGUUAAAAACAUUGUCUUUAUCAGGUAAUCAGUUAUGUGAUAGAGAUGCUGGUCUAUUAGUCGAAGGUAUAAAGAACAACGAUACACUGCAAUCCCUAGAUCUAAGUAAUAAUAAUAUUGGUGAAUUAGGUGGAAUUUAUCUCGGAAAUGGUUUGGCCAUCAAUGAAAGUUUAGUUGACAUAGAUCUAAGCUGGAAUUGUAUUACAAGAAAAGGUGCUGUUGGUGUUGCACAGGCCUUGAAGAGUAAUAAAGUACUAGAGGUGUUAGAUAUAUCGUGGAAUGGUAUUGGUCUCGAAGGAGCUGCAGCGCUGCAAAAAUAUUUACCUGCCAACAAGAAAUUACGCAUAUUAGAUUUAACAAAUAAUCGAAUAACAGCGGAGGCAGCCAAAAAACUAGCCAUUGGCUUAAAGAAGAAUCAAGUGUUGGAAACUAUUAUUCUAAAUCAGAAUGCUAUGAAACAUGAAGGUGUGGAAGCCAUCUUGAAAGCCGCUCAAGUUAAUUUGGUAUUAAAACUUAUAUCUUUAGAGAGAAUUCAGCGUUUUGUUAUCAGUAAGUAGGCAUCCUGAACGUGUAACUUUAAAUCACUAAUGCAUGGUCAUAUCAAUCUGAUUAAAACACAGAUCCUAUUUCGUUUCGUUUUUUAUAGUUCAGAAUUUCAUUUUACUUGUCUUUACUACACUAGGAUCUGGAAGAGUUGUUAUAUAACCUGUGUUCUGGAUGAUGUGAAGGUUAGCCAAUAAAAUGGUCUGUUGAGGCGAUUUUUUGGCAUGAGGUGCACGGAACUGUGGGUAACCCACUAAAAAACAUCAACGCCAAUUGGUUAAUUGGAUGUCUGACGUGAAAGGGUCAAAAGCCGCUCGUAUGACCUCUGACUCGACCUUCCACUACAACCAAUCAGAUCUUCAUGUAGUGUAGGCCAUCAAAAGUAUAAAAAAAAAAAAAAUGAAAUAUAGAUCUGUAUUUUAAUUAGGUAGUGAUUAUAUAUACCAAUAACUGGAAGUUUUCAUCUAUUUAUAAUAUGAAAAUAGGAGUUUGUGCUUCAAUAGUCUGAGAUACUUUCAAUUUUGCAACAUUUGUUUUUAUGGCCCAGGUGAAGUGUUGUUGUAUAUUGUCGUUGAACAUGUCUGUCCGUUCAUCGUCCAUAAUUACGUGUUGGUGCUCAUGUCAUUAGAGUUAGCAUUUGAUAAACUUGAAAUUUCAGCACUGUGUUUUGAUUUUCAAUGAUUUGAAAUAAUUACAGGGUUGUUGCCCUUGUAAGCUUCAUAAGAAUAAAUUAGCUGCUGUGAGUGACAAUGUUUUGUUGUGGGGCAACCUAUCUUUAAUCUAUUGGUUUGUAACAUCUACUUGUCACUGUUUUUAUACACCAACAUUUUUGUGUGGAUGUAUAUUAUCGUCGCCCCUGUCCAUGUGUCCGUUCACAUUUGUUUGUGGACACUCUACAAGUCUUAAUUCUUAUAUGAUAUUGACGAAACUUGAAAUAUAGGUUUAUCUCCAAAAGAUCUUGGUUCAUUUCGAUAUUGGCAUGUAUCGGAUCGAAACUUCAUGGAUUAUGGCCUCUGAUUGUAUGAAAAAUCAUGUUUUAGCGUGUGGACACUCUAGAUGUCACAAUACAAAUAAAACGAAAUUUUGAACUAUUAAAAAACGAAACGAAAUAGGAUCUGUGUUUUAAUCAGAUUGCAAAUGGUUGUUUCGCAUAAAUAUUAAUGAUUGAAAACUUAUCUGACUGAAUUGUGUAUAAGAUUACAAUAGAUGACUGCCUAGAGGCUAUUUAGAUGUUUGAAGUAUAUUAUUAUUUAAAUGUGUGAAUUGUAUGCAGUGCAUGUGGUAUAAAAUAUAAUAUUAUUGAUGUGCCAAGGGAGAUAACUGUCUUUAACUCAUACAUUAUAAUUUCACAAAACCUUUCAGAACUGUGGUGUAAGUAGUCAAUUGAAGCAUGUGUUAUGUUAAUCUUUAAUUAACAAUUUACUAAUUUUAUGUUCAACUGAGUUUGGCAUAUUUUAUUUUUGAAGGAGCUGCCCCAGAUAAAAGAUCCCUUGACAGUUGGAAUUCGAUAUAAGAGUAGGCCGUAGUGCCGCUGUUCGGGAAAAAUUUCGCUCAUGGCACACUGUAUGGCGUAUGCUCGUCUUCAUUAGCCCAGUUAGGAGCAGAACAGUAGGAUGUUAAAUCCCAUUUCAUUCCCCCCCCCCACCACACGCACACACACACACUGUGUGAGUGAAGAAUUUCUUGUGUUUCAUUUUAAUUUUAAGUCCACUCCACACAAACAAGGUCAUUUGGAGACUGACAUAUGGUACAAUUUUACUUCAAUAAUUCGGGCAAUUAAAACCAUGUCAGUUGACUCAAUGACAGCGCAUGCUCUGACAAUUCGGUUUGAAGAAUUUGUUGUGUUGUAUUUUAACUUUUUAUAACUCCUUUCAUUUCGUUUGUUUGGAUUCAAUAUUGCUUUCCAAUUUUAAUGGGAGCCAUGGUGGGUUUGUGAUUAUGCUUUUGGCUCAAUAACUCAGAGCUUCUGGGUUUGAUCCCUGUGUUGGCCAAGAUAGUUCCUCAAGAUUUUUCUGCAUGGUUACCUCCCCUUCAUUGGCAGUAGUGCAGGCCGAAGGGCCUGGCAAGGAACACCAUCUUGUCAUUCGAAUGAGUUGGCAUGCACGUAAAAGAACUCUUCACAUUUGGAAAUAGAGUUAUAAAAUGACACAGAUUAAAAAAUUUUUUAUAAAAAUCAUUGUUUAUUUGUGAUGUUUUUAUGUCAAAAUAAGAAAACCAAUUUUUGUUAUCUUGUGAUUAUAUUUUUUUACAAUCCUGUGUUUAUAUUUUUUUUAU